ACAAGCAGAGGAGCAGAGGCAUAUACCGCCUGACGCCGAUGCCACACCGCGUGUUUGUCUACGGCUCGCUGCUACGUGGGCUGCACAACCACCACUGGAUAUCGAAAGACAGCCGGCUGCUCGGCGCAGCGCUGAGUCGUGAGCGCUAUGUGAUCGUCGACUCGGGCGACGGAUACCCAUAUGCCCUCGACGCCGAGUGGGCUCGGCCUGGGAUCGACACACCCGCGCCGCUGCAUGGCGAGCUCUACGAAGUCGGAGACGGGACGCUUGAUGAUCUCGAUGCGCUCGAAGGCCAUCCCGACUACUACCGCAGGCGCAUAGCGGCCUUCUUGAUCGGCUCGGACGAGGCCGAGGCCGCCCUAUACGUCCUUCGAGACGCGUCGCGGCUGGACGAGCUUCGUGCCGACUCGGGCGGCCAACGCUUCGCAGCCGUGGCGCCAGCCGGAGACUGGCGCACGCACCUGCUCCGGCGGCUGCCGCCGCUGACGUGGCCACCGACUCGCCGCACGCUGAGCGGAGGCCCGCACGCGGUCUUUUGCUACGGCGGCGUCGGUCCCGCGGCGCUGCGCGAACACUGCGAGGCUCCGCACCUCUCCUCCUCCGCCGCCGCCCUCCGCGGCGCCGUCCGCAUCUACGGAGGGCACAGCGUUGCGUGGGGCGGCGCGGUCGCGUCCUUGGCCCCGCGUGCCGGGGGUUGUGUGUGGGGCAGCCUCGCCUCCCUGACGGACGACGCGCUCCGCCGCCUCGACGCCAUCGAGGGCGCCGACCCUGCCGACCCGUAUGGCGGAGGCGGCGCCGCACGCAGGCAGGACGUCGGCUCCGUCUGGGUGGACGGAGAGAGGGUGGACGCGGUUCUCUACCUCCGCCGCGACGUGGCGUGGCGGGGGCCGCCCAGCGACCGAUACAUUGCUGCCUGCGAGGCGCAUGUUGCCGACGUGUGGGACGAGGAGCUCGCGGCGGCGGUGGGGUUGGAGGUGCUGGACGAGGCGGGUGAGCUGAGGACGCAGGAUUGA